CUGGCUCUGCGACAAAUAGAUGGACUGGUUCGAUGCCCUGCAUUUCUGCCAGAAUUUAAAAAUGUGUUUGGCUGAUAUGCGCACAAGAGUUUCCUUCGAGGAGCUCGAGAAUAAACAGACGGAACGCGCAGAAUUUUGGAUCGGCUUGAACGUGUAUGAGAAACUGGACUUUUCAUACGUAUCCAAUAACGAGAUCAAGGAGUACGUGCCGCCUCAGUCGGAACUUUCGUUAGACAAAGCCUGUGCGUACAUAAAACCUCUAGCAAGUGGUUCGUAUGCCAUUGGCACAAGCAGUUGCGGGCGGCUCAAACGAUUUGUGUGCACCCCGACCAUAAGAUGCAAUGGAAUGGCGACGAACAGCAGUCAAAUUUUCAGCCUUGACAACAACAUUCCCUGCAAAAUGAGCGCUGAAGUAACUAACAUAAUUGCUCUCCAAUAGCCAUGAGCAUUUACUUUUUACAGCUGCUGCUAUAUUAAUAAAUUACUCUGGCUCAGAACCACUCAGAUCGCCUUGUCA